GCUGUCUGGACCAGACUGAACGCGGCCGUCUGUCCUGUAGGUGUUCCCGGGGAGCACAUGAGUCCUGGGCGGGGAAAGUCCACCUCAUUUGACGUCAGGAGGGAAACUGUCUGCUCAGUUUGGCAGCAGACACACAGGACUCCCUCCAAACAGAGACUAAACCUGGACGGAGCCUCGGUGGGAAGCUCCCGGUGGUUUCCCGUCGACCUGGACCGAGCCUCCGUCCCCCGGCAGCGGCUGUUCUGGAGACUCUCCGCCGCGCUCCGAGCGACAUGUAGCGGCCACAGACACCGGAUACGAGCGCCGCUGCCGGGUUUGAGACUUCCGCGGAGAAGCCCUGCGGGAGGAGAACCGUUUGAAUCUGUUGUGCUGGAAGAAAUGGGCAUGUAGCAGCGUGGAGUUCAGGGCUGUCUGUCAUGAAGAAGCGAGCCAAGAAGGUGCUGGAGGAGGAGGAGGGCUUGUGCUGCUGCGAAUAUGUGAACAGACGUGGAGAGCGCAGUCAUGUAGCUGCCUGCUGCUGCGACUGUGAGGGCCUGGAUGAUGCCUGCGACAGGUUUCUGAAGAGGGAGCCCCAGAAACCUGAAUCCCUGUCGCAGGUGGCUGAAGUCGUCACAGACCGGAUCCGUGUGCCUUGGCUGUGGGGUGGAGCCCGAAAACUGGAGCUGUCCAUCAUCCCUCCUCUCAUCCUGCUCCCCGCCCUGCUGCACCUCGCCGCCGUCCACUUCAUGCUCGGCCUGGUGGUUCUGACAGCUCUGCCCGGUUUGGUGCUGUGGUACUACUAUUUCACCCACCGCAAGAAGGGACGGACGCUCUUCUUCCUCAGCCUGGCCCUCUUCUCCUUGGCGUACAUGUACUACUUGUUCAUCACGGAGGUGCUCCCCCGCGGGGACGUCGGCCUGCUCCAGGUGGUGGUGGUAAGUGUGGGGGUCGUCCUCACCCUGCUGGCUCUUAUCCACACCAAGAGGGAACCUGGCAUCGUGCGACCAAACCAGGAGGCCGUCCACAGCACAGUGACGUAUUACACCCCCCUGGCGGACAAGGAUCCUUCGCUCAAUGGAGGGAGGCAGGACGUGACAAUGACAGUAUCCAGUCGGAUGGGGUCAUGGGAGCAGGCGGAGGUGGAGAUGAAGGAAAGUAGUCAAAAGAACUGGUGUACGGUGUGCAGGGUGGUGCGGCCCCCGAGGGCGGGACAUUGUCGGAUCUGUGGCGUCUGCGUGCUGCGUCUCGACCACCACUGUGUCUGUGUAACCCUGGGGUCUCAGUACAAUGUCUUGUCUGUGUGUUUGUGCGUCCCCUCCUGUCCUUACGGUGGUAGGAUAAACAGCUGCGUGGGACAAGCCAACCACCGCAGCUUCCUGCUCACGCUCGGCCUCUUCCUGCUGACGUCGCUGUACGGCAUCAGCCUGGUGCUGCAGAGUGUGUGUCCACGACAAAACCUCCUCACCGCUUUGCUCUACUGUCCAGGAGUCUACAACCAGUACAGCACUGCCCUGUGUUUCACCUGUGCGUGGUACAGCAGCAUCGUGACCGGUGGGCUGCUUCACCUGCUGCUCGUGCAGGUCAUCAACGUCAGCUACAAUGUGACCGAGCGAGAGGCACGAAUCGCCCUGCGAGAGAAAACCGCCCGCAGCGCCUUCUGGGGGCUCGUGGUGGACACUGGGGUCUACUCUCGAGGUUUCCGUGACAACUGGUCCGAAUUCAUGACCAUGGGAGACAAACUGAGUCCCCCCUCUCCCGCAGAUUUGGUUGCCUUGGUGGAUGAUUGCAAACAUCGUGAGUGAACUCCAAACAACAACAUUGCCAGUCUGUUGAUUCUCGAAGUAUUUCUGUAAGCACAGCAUGAACCACACAAAUGACACUUCUGGAUACAUGGAAGCAGUUGUUGAAGGAAGGUCUCCUUCCUCCAUAUACCUCCUUCAUCCUUCACAAACACUGUUAUUCACCUCACACAGCCUUGUAAAGUGGAUAUUUAUUACAGAUAAAUGAAACAUAUCUGCACAAGCCACAAAAUCAAGUUCUACAGCAAUCAAUUGCAUAGUUAUGGAUAUAUCCGUAGUAACUUUGACUCUGUUAUGCUCUUUUAAACUGACUCACUAAUAAAGCAACUCUGACUAUAUGAAGAAAAAAGCAAAUGCAUCAAUACGCAUAGUUUGAGCUAGAGAAAUUGGCUUUCCACUAUCGCUGCUGUUCAGUCUUCAACAGAAGUUUAAGCUUUUUCGUAUCCUAACAAUUGUAUGGGUCCAGUUGUGUAUGUGUUUGUACGAAAUGAAUUUGAUCUGUUUUUAUUAAAUGAACAUGAGAAAUGUG